AUGCCGCCCGUUCGCACCGCUCGCGCCUCCAAAAAGGCUCCCCCGGAAGGCUUCGACGACAUCGAAGACACGCUCCUCGAGUUCGCCGCUGCCAUGAAAGACGCCGAAAACGCCUCGCACGAAGGCAAGAAGAAAUAUGAAAUGACGUGGCCCAUCUUCCAAAUCACGCAUCAGCGCUCCCGCUACAUCUACGACCUGUACUACGAGAAGGAGGCUAUCGACAGGAAGUUGUACGACUGGCUACUCAAGAAUGGAUAUGCAGACCCGAAUUUGAUUGCCAAGUGGAAGAAGCAAGGGUAUGAGAAGCUUUGCUGCACAAGGUGCAUUCAGACCAAGGAGACCAAUUUCCGGUCGACGUGUAUCUGUCGCGUGCCGAAGGAGCAGUUGAAGGAGGGGCAGGAGAUUCAGUGUGUGAACUGCGGAUGUCGGGGUUGCGCGUCGAGCGACUGA